AUGAAGUCUCUUGCUAAUGCUAAAGCUGUUAUUACCGAAUACAAGUGGGAGAAGACACAGGAUGCCAUGUUCCAUAAGGCCUACCUGGAGAACACCUGUGUUCAGUGGUUAGAGAAGUACGUGAAUUAUGGGAGAUCCACUCUGGAGAGGAAAGUCUCUCCUGAGGUGUCUCUGUUCCAGAAGGACUCUUCUUCUCCAGUGGUGUGUCAUGCUACAGGUUUCUACAUCAAAGCAGUGAACAUCUCCUGGCAGAAGUAUGGAGAGGAUCUGCAUGAAGACGUGGAGCUCAGAGAGACGCUACCCAACCAGGAUGGAACCUUCCAGAAGAGGAGCAUUCUGACUGUCUCACCUGAGGAGCUGAACAAACACAACUACACCUGCAUCAUUCAGCACAGCAGCCUGGAGAAGAAGAUGGUGAUAUCAUUUAAGCCAGGUGUUUCAGAUGGAGGGUCAGUUGGUAUCAUUGUUGGUGUGGUCAUUGUUCUCCUGCUUGUCAGCUGUGCUGGAGUUUUCAUUUUAAUGAAGAAGCAGAUGAUAAAGUCUGGUCUCAAACCCAUUCUAGGUAGCUCCAGUUAAGGUUCUAAAAGAA